AUGGUUGAAUGGCAAUUCGAAGUCAUUCACAACAUCACCAGCAAUAGGAAGCUGCUUGGCACCAUCAUUUCGCCAGAAUGGCAGAUGUGGGAUGAGGCCUAUUUCAAACGGGUGUCUGACACGCUUGCAGACCCGACACAUACGGCAAAGCUUAUGGCAGAGGGAUGCAAUAAUGGAGACUUUGGAGAGCUAAAUUGCACCAAAACAUGCGACAGCGCCGAGUAUAUGUUCAGAUCUCCGCAGAACCUAUGGAACUGCAUGACUCUAUCGACUGUAGCUAUGAAGGUGAUUCCAGAGCCAACCAACGACACAGUCAACAGAGGCAGUGAGAAGGACAUGGAUGACAUGUUCCAUUUUGGUUCCUUGCGCGACUUUGACAGACUUUACGCCUUCAGAAAGGUUCGUGAGUGUCUGUGGCAGUCAUGCUCCGACUCCAAGUACGGGAAAUGCACAGAGGAUCUUUUCGACUACCAAUGUAGCCCUAUACACCAAUUCAGCCUCGGUAACUUUGGCACGGUCCUUUCAGAACGCUAUUGUACCGUUGCAGAUCCUGGGUUCGACUUUGACCUGGUUGGACAGGGAGUACUCAUAUCGUACAUCAUGCAGUACGUUUUAGUCUUAUUCUUUUGUCUUUCUUUCGCAUUGACUCGUCAGUGGACGAGGAAGCACAUUUGGGGACGAGUUGGGAGGCUCAUGAGCAAAAGUAGCUUGCUACCCUCAGCUACCAGACAAAAUGCUUGUCCGCCAGUGAAGUGGUCCAUUCGAUUCUGCAGACAGUUCCCCAGCGCGAUAACAUCGACCCUGAUAGACCUUCAGGAGACGCAGACUCUCUUCGCAGCAACCAUUUCUGUAGCCACCAUUGUGGCGUUCCACUACUACACGGGCCUGGCUAACGUUGCUUCCAUAUCCUCCUACGUCCUCAACAACGAGAUCGCUCAAGGCGUGAUCAUCAUCGGCAUGAUCCCUCUUCUCUUGCUGCAGCUCGUUCUUCACGCGUCGGAACAUACAUCGACAUACACCCUUGGUUUUGUCCUGCUCAAUUGGCUGUUCAUCGUUAUCAAGUCUGCACUUCAGAAGGGGGGUGCUGCUGGAUUCGAGAAAACCCUCCAGAGGCAGUCAUCAUUGCCGGUAUGCGGCAACAAUCCUGGGGCCAUGUCUUACUGUAUGAACUACAACAUAAAGACGGGUUUCACCCAUAUCGAGCUUAGUCUGAUUUUCGUGCAUGUACUGACUUUCUUGCUUCUCAUGGACUGGACGCUAGACACGCUACAUGGUUUCUAUGAAAAGCAUUGUCCCUCGAAAAAGGGCUUAUGGGUGCGGAAGUUAAUCAAGAAGAAGGCCUUGGCCAUUCUGACGGCAUUCUUGGCAGUCGUGCCCAUGGCCUUCGGGCUCGCUGACCUGGUCCGAUUUUACAAGGGAUUGCGCGAUCGGUAUACCCCCGAGGGCGGAUUGCCUUGGUCAUUUGGACAAGUUACGGCAGUAGCAGUCUGGUUCCCAGUGGUCUGCAAGUUCUUGCACUAUUGUGUAGUAAAAGAUGGUGUCCAGGCCCGUAUCGACAAGGAAGAAUAUAUCGUAUCACGUCGCGAAACCGCCAUUUCAGAAUUAAAAAGUUCCGAAGAACCUGAGCUCGACAAUGCUUCCUUGAUCAAACCUGCUGUUUCGGGUAGCAUGGUUGGGGCCGAGACGAUUGAGAUGCGAGCCUCACUGGAUGCUUCGGCGGAAAGCUUGCUCAUGAGACCACAUGCAGGCUGGGGUCCUGAUAUGGAGACCCCAUGA